AUGCCGCUCUUUCCCACAGUCCUGUCCCGCUCAGCCGCGGAAGCACAGGCCGACUAUGCGUUCUGGAUGGAGCAGCCCUUCGCAUCCACCUUUGAGGCCCCCCAGAUCAAACUCUUCCCAGAGCCUGUCAGCGGUAACAUGGAAGCAGCUGGGGAGGCCGUGGAUGCAGGAUAUGGAGGAGAUGGAGGAGAUGGAGGAGAGGGAGGAGAUGGAGGAGAUGGAGGAGAGGGAGGAGAGGGAGGGAGGGAGGAGAGGGAGGAGAGGGAGGAGAUGGCGCCGGCACCGAUCCUGCCGCCAAGUACGCGGCCGCGCUUGCCCACCUGCAACGCGCGCGCCAUGCUAUCGACGCUCAGCGCGAUGGUUUCCUGGCCGUCGUAUUCUGCGGCUUUCUUAACCUCUUCACUGGGUGAGGCAUUGAACGUUGACUUUGGGCUAACUGUCAGCAACUCUCGCGGUAUUCUCCUCCAAGAGUCCGGUUGGUUCCUUCCUUUUGCGCAGAAGUUGACACAAACAGAGCUCGUGUCGCUCAUGGUCGACCGCCUGUUGGCCCUCUUUGAGGGCAACACGAUGGCCACUCCCCACGGUGUGUGGUAUUGGCUCGACGGCAAGACGGACAUGACGGGCAUCCGAGAGCAGGUGGUCCAAGACUGGCUUGAGUCGCUGGCUUCUGGUGCAGGCCUGCCACUGUGGGCAUUCAGACUGCGCCCCUCAGGGAAGGGCAUCAUGGCCGCGACCGACCUCCAAGCCGUGUUGACGGACGGCACUACGCUGCCGUUCUUUCAGCGUCGGGAGAUGAUCACGCCGUUCGCCGACGAGGUGGCCAGGUUCGUUGGCAAGGUUGACUGUAUUGUCUUUGCUGAGAAGGAGCUGCAGCUCCGCACCUCGGCCACGUUUGGUCGCACCAACGACAGUCCCACCUCGAGCCACUUGCGUAACCCCGAUAACCUGGGCUACGGCGUCUUGAUCACGGGCAAGGGACAGACGGACGAGUGCACAAGGCAAGCACUGGCCUUGCUCUCGGACUCGUUCCCGAGCGCGCGUAUCUUGGCGUUGGUGGACCCAGAUCCCUACGGCGUGACCAUCCUUUCUGUGCUCAAGUAUGGUAGACGCCAAGGGCCGCGUCAAGGCGACGGGAAGGUGGUGUACCCGCGUCGAGUGGGUGGCAUUGCGUCCAAGCCGGUGCCACGGGCAAGCUUAAGAGACCGCGAUCAAGCUGACCGACCCAGGCUCGGUGUGAGGCCGGACGUGUUCCGCGAGCUGAAGCCCAAUGCUCGCUCGAUGGCCAAGAACCUCCUCGCCAGCCCCGACCUCUGCCGCGACUGGCUGCCCGAGCUCGCCCUCAUGCUCAGGUACGGCAGCGCCCACAUCGAGGUUGCCUUGGACAUUGACAAUGGACGUCGUUUCGACACCUACCUGCGAAACGUCAUUGUCGAGGGACUCAACGAGGCACUCCUGUACUCCUAG